GCGGGGGAGAGUCGGAGGUUUCCCCAAAAACAGUACCGUCAUAGUGGUAAUUACGGUACCUGGCGCCAAGCCGAAAGAGACCACCUUGCGCAGCUCCUCCAUCGACCUCAUCGAUCUCAGUUUCACCUCCCUCCUCGCAGGCUUAACGACUCGACGGGAGCCAUCUACUACCGUCCUUCUCCCCAAUUGAAUCUUUUGUUCUUUUGGACCCCUGGCCAUCAUGGCCGAAGCGCCCGUCGAUGUCCUCCUAAAGGGCAAUUCCGGCAGGAACACCCGCGGUCUGCUGCGGAUUAUCAUCCUGGCUACUAUCGCCGCUGCCGCCGUGUCCAGUCGAUUGUUCAGUGUUAUCCGAUUCGAAAGUAUCAUCCACGAAUUCGACCCUUGGUUCAACUUCCGAGCCACGAAAUACCUGGUUCAACAUGGCUUCCAUAGCUUCUGGGAUUGGUUCGAUGACCGAACAUGGCAUCCUCUGGGACGUGUCACUGGUGGCACGCUAUACCCCGGUCUCAUGGUGACCAGUGGUGUCAUUUACCACGUCCUGCGAUUCCUGACCAUUCCCGUCGACAUUCGCAAUAUCUGUGUUCUGCUGGCUCCUGCCUUCUCCGGUCUUACGGCGUACGCAAUGUAUUUGCUGACUUGUGAGAUGUCUACGUCUCCUUCUGCGGGACUUCUUGCCGCUGCCUUCAUGGGUAUUGUCCCCGGAUACAUCUCCCGAUCGGUCGCAGGCAGCUACGAUAACGAAGCCAUUGCGAUCUUCCUUCUUGUCUUUACCUUUUUCCUGUGGAUCAAGGCUCUCAAGAAUGGUUCGAUCAUGUGGGGCGCAUUGGCUGCUCUCUUUUACGGCUACAUGGUUUCGGCUUGGGGUGGAUAUGUCUUCAUCACCAACCUGAUCCCGUUGCAUGUCUUUGUCCUUCUCUGCAUGGGAAGAUACAGCUCCCGGAUAUAUAUCAGUUACACCACGUGGUACGCCCUGGGUACUCUGGCCAGCAUGCAAAUUCCCUUUGUCGGAUUCCUGCCUAUUCGGAACAGUGACCACAUGGCGGCUUUGGGUGUCUUUGGCUUGCUCCAGCUUGUGGCAUUCGCCGACUUUGUCCGCGGCUUUAUUCCUGGCAAGCAGUUCCAGCGACUCCUUACCGCCAUGAUCAUCAUCGUCUUUGGUCUUGCUUUUGCGGGGCUUGUCGUGCUCACCGUGUCUGGGGUCAUCGCCCCAUGGAGUGGUCGGUUCUAUUCUUUGUGGGAUACCGGCUAUGCAAAGAUUCACAUCCCCAUCAUUGCGUCGGUGUCGGAGCACCAGCCUACCGCCUGGCCGGCAUUCUUCUUUGAUCUCAACUUCUUGAUCUGGCUGUUCCCUGCCGGCGUCUACAUGUGUUUCCGCGAACUCAGAGACGAGCAUGUAUUCGUCAUUAUCUACUCCGUGCUUGCCAGUUACUUCGCCGGUGUCAUGGUCCGACUCAUGUUGACCCUGACUCCCAUCGUGUGUGUUGCCGCUGCGCUGGUGCUCUCCUCUAUCCUGGACACUUACGUGUUUGCGCCCGCCGGACCCAACCCUCGGGCGAAGGCCAGUGAGGAAGCCUCUUCGGAUGGUCUCCGCUCUGCAAGGACCCCAACCGUCGGAAUCGCCUCGUAUCUCUCCAAGGGUAUUGUUACGUCCUCGGUCGUCGUCUAUCUGCUUCUGUUUGUGGCCCACUGUACCUGGGUUACCUCUAACGCCUACUCCUCGCCCUCUGUCGUUCUGGCGAGCCGAAUGCCCGAUGGUAGCCAGUUUAUCAUCGAUGAUUACCGUGAGGCGUACUAUUGGCUUCGCCAGAACACCCCCCAGGACGCCAAGAUCAUGUCCUGGUGGGAUUACGGAUACCAGAUCGGUGGCAUGGCUGACCGCCCGACUCUCGUGGACAACAACACAUGGAACAAUACCCACAUUGCCACUGUCGGCAAGGCCAUGAGCUCGCGCGAAGAGGUCAGCUAUCCCAUUCUCCGCCAGCACGACGUUGAUUACGUCCUGGUGGUCUUUGGCGGACUGCUCGGCUACUCCGGCGACGACAUCAACAAGUUCCUGUGGAUGGUCCGUAUCGCCGAGGGCAUCUGGCCCGACGAGGUCAAGGAACGAGACUUCUUCACCGCGCGAGGUGAAUACCGCGUGGACGACGAGGCAACCCCCACCAUGCGCAACAGCUUGAUGUACAAAAUGUCUUACCACAACUUCAACUCUCUGUUCCAGCACGGCCAGGCCGUGGACCGUGUCCGCGGCUCCCGUCUCCCCGCCGAAGGACCCCAACUGUCGACGCUCGAAGAAGCGUUCACUAGCGAGAACUGGAUCAUCCGUCUCUACAAGGUCAAGGAUCUGGAUAACCUGGGUCGUGAUCAUGGUAGCGCCAUGGCUUUUGACCGGGGUCAGAAGCGCAAGCGGGCGACCAAGAAGAGAGGCCCUCGCGUCUUGCGAACUGAAUGAAGAGCGGGAUCUGUGAUUCCCUUCCAGCUUGAUGGGGCUUCCCGAAAAUAAAGAAGCCCCUCCAGUUUAUUCAGCACGCUGUAUCUUAUCCUACCAUCAAUUCCAUGUUUCUUGUAUUUGUGACCAUCGAUUUAGACGGUUGUGUAGCUUUUGGUCCCCACGCAAUCUUGUGGGAAUGCAACCCAUUGAACAAAUCCAAAGAUAGCUACGUAGACAUUUGCCAAUGCUUCGCGCGAUUAGAGCAGGGUGGUGGUAUCUUCGCUUAUUCAAAAGGAGUUAAUAUACAGACGAUGCCCGGACAAACAACAUAGGCGGAGACGAGUUCCAUGAACAAGCAGCAUGACGGCAACUCGCCGUAUGCGCUCCCAACUGCGCACUUCCUUGAAGCAGUCGCGCUCCGGGAAUAGCGUACCUGGUUUCCUGACUGCGAUAACCUGGGAGUGGAGAUUGCCAAUAGCCCGCUCCAUGCCACGCAGAAGCGCAAACCGAAAGAUGAAUUCAAGGUCCUCCAUUAUAUUCCAUAUUCAUGUGACACUGUAGUCGAGAUAGCAUUUUGACAAGAUCUCCGUUGCAAUUGUCUAGAGUGGAUAACCGGGUGAUGGCGGCAUGUUUAUUGCUUCUUGGCGGGGGGUUCGGGGACUUUCACGUCGGAGAACUCAUCCUGACCGACGGCGCUAAUCGUGUAGGCAUCUUUCGGACCCUAUCGUUAGCAGCGGUUCAACGAUCUCCAGAGAUCAUGAAGGGUAGAAGGCCGGAUUGGAUUGUAAACGUACAGACUCCAAUGGUGAAAGCGACGAGGGCAACUCCGGUGGCGGCGUUCUUGAAGAGAUAAGGACGACGGGCCCGCAGAAGAGCGGCACCGGGGUUAGAGUCCCGGUUGUAGUAGGUAGAGUUGAAGCUGAAGAAGUCCAAAUGACAUGGUUAAUUGAUGCUGAUCCGGCCAUACAUGCGGGAUAGAAAGAGAGCACAAGAGGGGCAUCAGAGGGUCGAGCAACUCAAUCAGUCACUCAUCAAUUUGAACGUACAUUCCACUAGCCAUUGUGAAGUCGAGGUUAGUGAUUCACCUUAUUCGAGGGUGAGGAGGGAGCGAAGACGAGGACAAGGACGAGAACGAGGACGAAGGCGAAAGGCGAAAGGAAUCCAUCGGGCAAGAUGGAUACGGUACGAUACGGACGGUACGGUAAUCC